AUGAUUCGGCACACCUUUCUCCUUGCUGCGGUUGCUGCGGCCUUGCAAGCUCUUCCGCCAGUCGAAUUCGUGCCGGCUCAGAUCGAUCAGACCUUGUACAGAGAUGAAGGAUUCUCAUUAAAAACGGCCGACAGGAUUGUUUAUGUCCAGGAUGACUUCGCGUCGUGGACCGAUAAGAAUGGGCUCACGUUGAUCCCUCCGUCCGUCGACCAAUUCGCGCAAACCUUUCGUGAUGAUCUUGAAGAGUUGACCAAUGCUUCUUGGAGCUACCAAACUGUGAAAAAGUUCCCAAAUGGCGCGUCCGGUGUUUUCCUUGGGCGUUCAAAGAGUUCAGCAAGCCGAUUCACAUACGAAGAUGGCACAGUAACGGAGGAAGGGUACGAGCUUGUGGUUGAAAAGGGGCGUGUAUCCAUCUAUGGGUCCGGAGCACGAGGGAUGUGGUGGGGAACACGCUCUUUUCUCCAGCAGAUUCUUCUCAAUGAUACACUCUCGCCUGGUCGCGUGACUGAUGCACCCGCGUAUCCAACGCGUGGAAUGAUGCUCGAUGCGGGACGCAAGUGGUACUCGUUGGAUUAUUUGAAGGAGCUCUGCACCUACGCUUCAUUUUUCAAACUCUCCGAGUUCCACUAUCAUGCGACGGACAACUUCCCUCUCAGUCGUGGCCCGAACGUUACCUGGACAGAUGUCUAUUCCCAGUUUGCCUUGCGACCAGAAAAUCCCGAGCUACUGCCCCUGGUGCAACGCAUGAACGAGACACUGGCUCGGUCGGAGUUUGAGGACUUUCAACAACACUGUGCUCGCCGAGGGGUUACUGUCAUUCCUGAAAUUGAAAGUCCUGGUCACUGUCUGUCCGUCACGAAAUGGAAGCCCGAGCUUGCCUUAGAUAGCAAAGACCUUCUCAACCUCACGCAUCCCGAGACCCUUCCUCUUGUGAAAUCCAUUUGGUCGCAGUUUCUGCCAUGGUUUCAUACGAAAGAGGUUCACAUCGGUGCUGAUGAGUAUGAUUCCACUCUGGCAGAUGACUACGUCCGCUUCGUCAACGAGAUGUCCGACUUUAUAUACGAAACUCACGGGAAGAAAAUUCGCAUCUGGGGCACGUAUGAGCCUAGCACGCUUUUAAUCGACAAAAACAUUACCGUUCAGCACUGGCAAUAUGGCCAAUCAGACCCGCUCGCACUGGCACAAGAGGGAUAUCAGAUCAUUAAUUCUGAAGAUUGGUGGGCCUAUCUUUCGCUGAAAAACAACCAUAUACCUAUCACACCAGCACCGUAUCCUCAAUUCUUUAAUAACAACCGAGUAUUGAACUUUGGCGACGUUGAGGACUGGCAGUGGACGCCGAAGCUGUUUAAUCCCGUCAACACCACGGAGCAACCGGCCAAGAAUGCAGUUCGCGGUGCCAUCCUCGCCGCAUGGAAUGAUAAUGGGCCCGAUGCGACUACACAGUUGGAGGCUUAUUACGCUAUUCGAAAUGGAAUUCCGGUCGUCGCAUCUCGUGCAUGGUCCGGGAACCGAGGGCCGCUUCUGGAACCGUCGACCCUAGACGAAUCUAUCUCUAUUCUCACCGCUAAUGCGGUGUCGCAGAACCUUGAUCGACAAAUUGCAGGUUACAAGGGUCCAUCGGGGGCACAAUUCUCAUGGUCUCAACCUGCCCACGCUGCGCAGCAACACCAGAUAGGUCUCGGGAGCAAAGGAAUGAACUACACACUAGAGCUACAUAUCAAUGGUCCAUUUUCUCUACACUCUGAUGACGCAACCCUUUCUUUAUCAGCAGAAGGCGAACUGGUCUUUUCUACAGACGGCUGGCCCUAUCCUCUUCGCUCCGUUGCAGAGACUGAUGGAUUUGAUCCCGCAGAGCCCGGACGGAUCUGGGUGAACAGUACAGAGUCCUCGCACCAGAUCGUGAAUGUUCCGCAGAAGGCUCAAAUCACUAUAACAACCGAUCAAUAUGAAGGUAGUCGAGUUUGGAUCGAUGGUCAAUUUGUCGGACGCUUCGAGGUGUUUGUGUAUGGUGGCAAAAACCAAGCACUCUCAUGGAGUCAGAUGGCAUUCGUCGCACCGCUUGAGUAUGUUCGUGGGGCUGGUUUGCAAAAGCUAGACCUGCGGUGA